AGAGCAUAUUUCCUCGACGACCACCCACACAGAGAGAGGGUGGCAGCUCGGAGAGGGAGCUGGAGCUUUGGGUGGGAGGCGGCGGAGUGGAGAGGAGGAGGACGCCAUUGCAGCCACAGCUGGCCGCCCGAGAUUAAUCUCAUACCAUCCCAAACGCUUUCCACAUUCACUGGCUUUGCUUUUUUCCCUCUGGCUUGUCCCGCUUUUGUCGGGUCUCGAGGAAAUACAAAAACAAGAUGGACGUUUCGUCUUCGCUGAUAGUCGAAAUGUGGAGACCCAGCGCCGAACAAAAGCAGACUCCCACAGUUGCCUCGCCUGUCCGGUGGUCCAGUCUCUCACCAUGAACGCCAGUAGGAACUGCACCUCAGUGGGGAACGGCGAUGGUCUGGCGGUCCUGGAGUCGGUGUCCAUCGUGACCAUCACGCUCCUGGCCUGCCUGGGGAACCUGCUGAUCGUGGCCACCCUGUACCGCCGACCGUACCUGCUCACGCCCAGCAACAAGUUCGUGUUCAGCCUGACCCUGUCCAACCUGCUGCUGUCCGUGCUGGUGCUGCCGUUUGUGGCCGUGAGCUCGGCGAAGCGAGAGUGGGUCUUCGGGGUGGUGUGGUGCAACUUCACCGCGCUGCUCUACCUGCUCAUCAGCUCGGCCAGCAUGCUGACCCUCGGAGCGAUCGCCAUCGACAGGUACUACGCCGUGCUCUACCCGAUGAUCUACCCCAUGAAGAUCACAGGGAACAGGGCGGUGGUCGUCAUCGUCUACGUGUGGCUACACUCGCUGGUGGGCUGCCUGCCCCCGUUGUUCGGCUGGUCCUCCUUCGAGUUUGACUGUUUGAAGCGGACGUGCGUCGCGGCCUGGUCCAGAGAGCCGAGUUACGCCGCCUUCUGGGUCACCUGGUGCAUCCUCCCGCCCUUCUUCAUCAUGUUGGCCUGCUACGGAGUCAUUUUCCGCGUAGCUCGCAUGAAAGCCAGAAAAAUCCACUGCGGGACGGUCGUUGUAGCCCAAGACGACUCAGCUGGAACUCAAAGAAACGGACGCAAGAACUCAAGCACUUCGACUUCCUCCAGCGGGAGCAGACGGAGCCUCGUGUACGCAGGGAGUCAGUGCAAGGCCUUCGUCACCAUCCUGGUGGUGAUCGGCACCUUUCUCAUAACGUGGGGGCCGUACGUUGGGGUGGUGUGUACAGAGGCCCUGUGGGGUCAGGGCAGCGUCUCCCAGGAGCUGGAGACUCUGGUGGCGUGGCUCUCUUUCUGCAGCGCCGUGUGCCACCCGCUCAUUUACGGCCUGUGGAACAAAACGGUGAGGAAGGAGCUGCUGGGGAUGUGCUUCGGCGAUCGUUACUACAGAGAGUCGUUUGCCACAAGGCAGCGGACGUCCCGACUCUUCAGCAUCUCUAACAGGAUCACAGACUUGGGUAUGUCCCCGCACCUGACUGCAAUGCUGGCCGGAGGAGGACACCUGUUGGCCCAAGGAAGCAGCACAGGAGACACCGGCUUCAGCUUCACUCAGGACUCAGGCACCGAUGUGAUGCUGCUGGAGAACCCCUCCACAGAUAGCUCCUCCUUCCCCUCACAAAAUGGGAAUCCAUCCGGGAAGAGGCGGAGCUCGGUCACCUUUGAAGACCAGGUGGAGCAUUCCAAAGCUGAAAACUCGUCUUCAGCCCAAGUCCACGCGGAGGUUCACAAAUCUCUCGACUCGUUCGCUUCCUGCUUGGCGAAGGCCAUCGAGAGCGACGCCAAGCUCGCGCUGUUCGAGCAGAGUCUAUCGCCGCAGGGGGGAGGGCUCUUUGUGACGAGGGGGGCGCCAAAGCCCAGACACCCGGACGGUCAGAGACUGAGGCUGGAGAGUAUCGACGAAGGCAUCGUCAAGGACGACAGGCAGGAGGAGGAGGAGAAGCAGCUCAUCUGAUCGCUGCAGGUUUGGCCUUCGACUGCACACUAAGACACCCUGUGGUACGGCUGAUGAAGUCUGGAUUGGCAGACAGGAAGAGGCACUUUUUCACUCAAAGGAACGCCGUCAGUGUCCGGGCGAAUUCUUCUGUCAUGUUUGUACUCUUAAUAGGAAUUUUAUACUACUGUAACCUUACAUGGUAAUGUUGUUUUGCUACACAUUUUUGUUAUUAUAUAUUUUUAGUAUCUUAAUGUGCUGUGGUCAGUUUGAGUUAAAAUAAAAAAAUAAAAAAUAAAUUAUUGGGAAGAAAAAAAAAACCCAACUAGUAAAUCUUUCACCUCAGAUUCACACUGCUACCGUUUCUCUCAUGCAGAUGUUUACGGUCCACUUAGGUUCUGUUGCAGCAAAGCUUCUUGACCCAGUUUUAGAUUUUUUGUGAAUUAGCAGCAAAAAGGUGACCUGAUCAGCACUGACCGGAUAGGCUAUUAUUUUUAUGAUGCUUCUAUGCCUUGGGAAUAUAAACGUAUUUAUUUUUUUCAGGUUUGAUCAGUAUCAAAAAAAAAAAAAAAGUAAUGCAUUGAUUCAAAAUACUUUAUCCAUGCGUAUUUUUUCUAAAGACCAAAAUGAAAUCCUCAUUCUGACUUCAGGAUAAAAUAAUCAUGAAUAAAUUUCAUUUUUAUGUGAACUUGGCUACUUAAAAAAAAACAACAAAAAAAAACUUUUCAGUCAGGCUUAAAUCACAUGCAUGAAUGCACCAAUCAGGCAUAAGCUCUUUAUUAUCAGUGCAGUCCUGACUUCUAUAGAUUGGACUUGUUUGUCCAGCUUAACCUGAUUGCAUUGAGAUCUGGGGACAUGGAGUCUAAGUAAACCUUAAAGUGAUUCCCCAAACUAUUCCUGACUCAUUUUACCGUUUUGUGUCGGGGCGCAUUAUUCAGGGAAUAUUCCUCCACCCUUAUUGAUCUGCAGCGUCUUAUGCAACCCAUCUGUUAAACUGAGCAACACAGGGCAACUCUGACCCCCCGUGUGCAGCAGUGAACUCUGGUAAACCACGGUUUCUUCGCCGGGCCUCUUUUGAGUGUCACUUGGGAAUGAUAUGACCCAGUUUUGUAGGCAUCACAAUUCAGUUCUCAUCAGACUAUCAAAGGCUGAGUGUUUCCCGUUUGUCUGCUCUUAACACACCAGGAAAAAGUCACUUGUUGCCUUAGUUACCCCACCAUCUCUUCUUUACUUUAUUCAGUUUCACUCUGAAUUUCAACAUAGUCUCACCAGUUCAGGUUUAUAAAAACCAGAACGGGUCGUAGAAAUGUGCAGAUUUAUCUUAAAUGUUCAAAAUCAAAUGAUUUUUGAAAAGCCUGAAACUUUAAACAUAAGAAAUAUGUAGAAAUUGUCUUGAUUUCAAUACAAAUCCUUUAAAUACAUUUGCUUCAUCUUGUUCAUUUUUAUGUUCUGGUCUUUAAUGCAGUUUGAUGUCAGGCCAAACUAAGGCCGUAAAAGUUCGUUACAUUAUAUUGUUUUUUUAUUUAUUUGUAGACAAAUAAUCAAAAUUGAAAAUAGUCAGUUUUAUACAAAAUGUUCUUUGUUUAGUUCAGUUUCAGGGUUUUUUUUUUUUUAGUCCAUUCAGACUCAGAUUCAGCAUGAACCCUUUACAUUAGAGAAGAAAACUGAUGCAGUUCAGCAGCAGAGCAGACACAGAGGUACUAAAAGAUGGUCUCUAGUCAGUCCCUAAACUGACUGCUGUAGAAAGUAUUUCAGAAAUAAAUUAUGCUGAACUGAUGGUUCACAGUCAGCUUACAGAAAUAUUUUCAGAGGUACAUGCAGCUCAUCCAUUUCUACACUCUUAUUUAUGAAACUCGUAUUAUAAUAUUAUUCCCUCAAAGACAUACCUGGAAUAUAUUUAUGAAAUUCAGUUUUACUUUGCAUGUUCUCUUCUUAUUUUUGCAACUGGUACAGCUUCAUUUCUUAUUGUAACUAUGGAUACAGAUAUUUGUAUUAAAAUUAUAUACCAUCAAACAUGUCUGCUUUGAGUGGAACUCAGUAUUUCCAUUUGUGAAGGUUGUGUGUCUCUGCCAAUUCAGUUUAAUUCAAAGUCAAAAAUUCUUUCUUUAUUGACCUUAACGGGAUAUUAAAUGUUGCUGUACCUCGUACAAAGAUUCGUCAAACAGUAACAGUCUGUAUUACAGCGAAUCUGAAGGAGCCUCUGACUGAAGACGCCGGUUUCCUAUGACAGUUUCAUGAAGGGGAUGCUCAGGCUUGUUCAUGGUUUUCUUGAUUUUAUGUAAACUCAUGAAGACCCAAGAAAAAUGAAAAGAAGUAUCAGUAAUUUAGUUUACCUCCGAGUAAUGUCAAGUAAACUCUACAUGUUUAUAUUUUGGACAGUAGGACGAACGUCAAGAUUCAAUCUUUGGACUGUUUAUGAUGCUGCAACAACAGAGGAAGUUAUUUAAAGUGUUUCUUGUACAUCUUUACCAGGGAUGUCAACAAUAAUGCAGGCCUCCAUCUAAUUAAGCUAAAUGUUUAAACGAAGUUUGAUGCUGAUUUUGCACCAAAACAACAACAACAACAACAAAAAAAAACUCAAAUCACAUCUUACAGUUGGGAAUACAUCUGACUGAUGUUACAGCUCUGUUUAUUGUGCAUUUGGCCAUAUUAGCUCUAUGGGUCACAAUAACUUAACCCUCCGUCUCUAGCAAAAAACUUUUUGUAGAGUUUAUCAGAGUAAAACUCUUCUCAAACAGUUUUUUUUUUUUAACCCAAGUCAAGUAAGAAAGCAAACAAACAUGUUUAAUGCAUGAAAAAUAAAUAAAAAGGGCAGCUAAGUGAGAAAUACUUCAGCUUUCGAUAUUUUCCCAGAGACAGAGCCUGCGUUCAGACAAACAGCUGCUAAAAAAAAAAAA